UUCACCACGGAACUGUUGUUUCGGGUUUGGCGGAACACGGGGUCCCACACAGGGUGUCCAGCCGGAAGUGGCCGCUGAGGGCCUGGGGCUGGGGUCCGCGUGCGGAGCCUACCGCGGGGGCUAACUAAUUAGGAAUCAGGAUGGAGGCAGUGGCGACCGCAGCGGCGGCCAGGGAACCCGAUGAAGACUGCACACAGCCCGGUUCUGGGCAUUGGGGAGAGCCAAGCUGGACGCUGGUCCCACCCAAACCCCAGGACAAGGUGGAAGCGACAGAGGCACCACCAAGGGCCCCGGAUGAUGACCCCCCCGGGCCUGAGAAUGCGGCGGUGAGUGCCAUGCUGCGUGCUGUGGCCGCCAGCCGCCUACCAGUGUGCAGCCAGCAGCAGGGCGAGCCUGACCUCACCGAGAGGGAGAAGGUGGCCAUCCUGGGCCAGCUAUACCAUGAGAAGCCGCUGGUGUUCCUGGAGCGCUUCCGCACAGGCCUCCGCGAGGAGCACCUGGCCUGCUUUGGCCACUUGCGCGGCGACCAUCGUGCAGACUUCUACUGUGCUGAGGUGGCCCGACAGGGCAGUGCCCGACCCCGCACCCUGCGUACCCGCCUGCGUAACCGGCGCUACGCUGCCCUGCGUGAGCUCAUCCAAGGCGGCGAGUACUUCAGUGACGAGCAGAUGCGGUUCCGGGCCCCGCUGCUGUAUGAGCAGUACAUUGGGCAGUACCUAACCCAGGAGGAGCUCAGUGCCCGCGCCCCGGCCCACCAGCCGCCCAAGCCCGGCGCCCUCGGCACCCCUGCCUGCCCGCUCUCUGACCUCCUGCUCCAGUCCUACCAGGAGCGGGAGCUGCAGCAGCGGCUGCUCCAGCAGCAGGAGGAGGAGGAGGCCGGCCUGGAGGAGGAGGAAGAGGAGGAGGAUAGUGAUGAGGAAGACCAAAGCCCCAGCAAAGACUCGGAGUCCUGGAUACCUGACUCAGAAGAGAGGCUGAUCCUGCGGGAAGAGUUCACCAGCCGGAUGCACCAGCGCUUCCUGGACGGCAAGGACGGGGACUUUGACUACAGCACCGUGGACAACAACCCCGACUUCGACAACCUGGACAUCGUGGCGCGGGAUGAGGAGGAGAGGUACUUUGACGAGGAGGAGCCCGAGGAUGCGCCCAGCCCAGAGCUGGAUGGGGACUGAUGGCUGUGGCCGCCCACCCCGCCCAUGACUCCGUCUAGGGGACAGCCUCGCUGGCUCUGGUGCCAUCCCUGCCAACUCCCUGCCCCCUCUGCGUGCGGGGUUCCCUACCUUGCCCCCCGCCCAGCUCCACCUCGAUCUCUCGCUGUCUCUGGCUCACUCGCUUUUUCUCCCUGCCUUUCUGUCUCUUGCUUUCUACAUCCCUCUCACUCUUUCUGCACCUCACCAUCUUUCCUCUCUGCCUUUCUCCAUCCCCUUCCCUGUCCCUAUGCCUUUGUCCCCACGACAGGGCCCAAGCUGAACACCUUCCCUUGACUGAGGCCAGCAGGCCCUUUGUAGCUGGUGCACACCAAGUGGACAUCAAUGCCCAGUGAGGUCCAGGUGAGCCCCUGGCUUCACCUUGGCCUCUGCCCGUUUCUCCCCCUCUGUGCUGACGCAGCUCAUGCCUCCUUGCUCCCGGUUCAUUCCUGUCUCCUUCAGCCCCCACUCCAGGCCUCUGGUUUUUCCCACCUGUCCGCUCCCAUUUCUGCCUCCAUGCCGCCUCUGGCUCUCUGUCUGCCCCUCAGCCUUUUUUUCUCUGGUCUCUGUGUCAUCCCCCCACCCCACCGGCCUCGCUGCCAAGGAAGGCAGCCUCGCUGGGCUGGCUACCAGCUGUCACCUCUCCCUCAGGACCCAGACUUGGGAGGGGGGCACAGGGGCAGCACCAGGGCCAUGGGCCUGCUGGCUUGGUUGUGGCGGGAGGGGGCAUGGGAAGGGGGGCUCUCCCUCUCAGCCCCACCGGCCCCUCUCUUUCCCCAGCCACAACGUUCCUUCCUUCCCUUCUUCCGCCUCCUUCUCCCUCUCCUGUUUAUACUCCCCAAAUACGCACAGGCUGUUAUCAUGGGUCCUGAGUCAUCCCACACACAGCCUGCCCCAGCGUCCCUGCCCCCCAGCUGGCCACACGGCCCGCCCCACAGAGCCCCCUGCCGCCCCAGGCUAAUGGGAGCCAGAUGGCCUCCCAGUGACUCAGCCACUGGCCUGUGGGAACCCAGGCGUCCCGCCUUCCCAUGCCCCCACACCCGGCUCCUGCUCCCCUAGUAGACAAGCAUACGGAGGGCUCAGCUGCUUGGGGAGGGCUGUGGGCCACAGGUCAGAGAGUGGGGCCUGGGGACCCCUCACUCCUGGGAGACAAAAUGAUGGCACCCCACCAUAGCCAAGCCUGAAGGAUCCUCAAAACCACUUCCUCAGGCACACGGCCUGAGGGAGAUCCUGGGGCCACAGCUUUUGACCCCUGGACCUCAUCUCUGCCCUCUGGGUCAGACAGGACUAGAGCCAGACACAAAGUGAGAACUGGCCUGGAGGCUGAGGGACAUUUCACACCGAGAGACUGUUCAAUAUGGGAGCUUCCAGUUCCUGAGCAGUCCUGUCCUUUGCCAGGCCUGGUGCCACACAGAAUCCUCCAGACAACCCAGAGAACUGGGGACUUGCCUCCACUCCAUAGGUGAGUCAGGGGAGGCCAGAAGGGAGACGUGAGUUGCUCCAGGCCGCACGGCCAGUGAAAAUGAAACUCAGGUCUAGAACCUCACAGGUCCCACAGACCCUCCUCCUGGGCUGCAUGUCAGCCAUCAGGUCAGGGCCACCUGGAGCAGACAGAUGCAGACAUCCUCAGGAAGACCAAGGAAAAGGCGGCUGUCAAGGGUGAUACCAGCAACUAAGCUCUGGGGGGAGCCUCUCCCUGCACGUGGGCUUGGAACCGUGUCAGGGGCAUGGAAGUCGGCGCCUGGACCAGAACCAUUGCUCCUGUGCAGCUCGUGCCACCCGCACUGCUGCCCUGGCUCCUGGGGAAGCCCAGGACCAUGCCCUCAGAGAGCCAGGGGAAUGAAGGGUGUUCGCCCUGGGUCCGUGUGCGCCCCCACAGGCCCGGAGAGCUCUUCCAAGGCAGGGAUCCCCCCUGCAUGAUGUGCGCCACUCUCUUCGGGCUGCCACUGGAUCGUCAAUGUUGUUUGUGAUACAUUCUGCGGGACGUAGAUUUGUUACAUAAUAAAGUGAUGAGAGACAGCA